UCCUGCGUUGGUUCAGUCCGUCGCUAGGCCUUUGCGGUAGGGAGUUGUUUAGUGGACCCGCAAGUUUUCCUUUACUUUACAGGUUCAUUUAAUUUGUCCGAGGGAGGCCGGAACCCCCGUUUUUUUUUCCCUCCUCCGUCUCACUGGGAGUAAUUAUUAAUUUAGUUUUGGUCGGGGGUGGGGGGGGACCGCUGAAUCACAGCGUUUCGGGGCGUGGUGUUCACGCGCACCGCUGAAGAGGGAAGGGAGGCAUCGGCGACUCUGAGUGUCCGCGGCGGAGCUUAUGAUGCCGACGUUGCGGGACAGCACCAUGUCCCACCCCGGGGAGAAUUCCCACCAAGUCCGGGUCAAGGCUUAUUAUAAAGGGGACAUCAUGAUCACACAUUUCGAGCCGUCCAUCUCUUACGAGGGCCUGUCCGGCGAGGUGAGGGACAUGUGCUCCAUGGACAACGACCAGCUCUUCACCAUGAAGUGGAUCGACGAGGAAGGUGACCCCUGCACCGUGUCCUCUCAGCUGGAGCUGGAAGAAGCUCUUCGCCUCUAUGAGCUCAACAAAGACUCUGAGCUGACCAUCCACAUAUUUCCAUGCGUACCCGAGAAACCCGGAAUGCCUUGUCCAGGAGAGGACAAGUCGAUAUAUCGGCGUGGUGCCCGGCGCUGGAGGAAGCUUUACUACGCGAGCGGCCACGCCUUUCAGGCCAAACGCUUCAACAGGCGAGCUCACUGCGCCAUCUGCACGGACCGGAUCUGGGGUCUGGGACGGCAAGGUUACAAAUGCAUCAACUGCAAACUGCUGGUGCACAAGAAGUGCCAUAAACUGGUCACCAUGGAGUGCGGUCGACCCAUGAUUCAGGAACCAAUUAUGCCCGGCACACAGUCGAGUCACCUAGACCCGGCCGACCCACAAGGCCCUCAGACUAAAGACUCCAGUCGAAGCUUGAGUUACGACGGCGAGGAGAAAGAGGCACGCAGCAGUAGAGACACGGGGAAGUCUCCCACCAGCCUGGGCCUGGCGGACUUUGAUCUGCUGCGGGUGAUCGGCAGAGGCAGCUACGCCAAGGUGCUGCUGGUGCAGCUCAAGAAGACGGAGCGCAUCUACGCCAUGAAGGUCGUUAAGAAGGAGCUCGUCAACGACGACGAGGACAUCGAUUGGGUCCAAACAGAAAAGCACGUCUUUGAGCAGGCCUCUAAUCACCCGUUCCUGGUCGGCCUCCACUCCUGUUUCCAGACGGAUAGCAGACUGUUCUUUGUUAUUGAAUAUGUAAAUGGAGGCGACCUCAUGUUCCACAUGCAAAGACAAAGAAAACUCCCAGAAGAACAUGCCAGAUUCUACUCUGCAGAGAUCAGCCUGGCGCUCAACUACCUCCAUGAGCGGGGAAUCAUCUACAGAGACCUGAAGCUCGACAACGUGCUGCUGGACUCCGAGGGACACAUCAAGCUCACAGACUACGGCAUGUGCAAGGAGGGUUUGAGACCAGGCGAUACAACGAGCACUUUCUGCGGAACCCCUAAUUACAUCGCUCCUGAAAUCCUCCGAGGAGAGGAUUAUGGCUUCAGCGUGGACUGGUGGGCGCUCGGCGUGCUGAUGUUCGAGAUGAUGGCGGGCCGGUCGCCGUUCGACAUCGUCGGCAGCGCCGACAACCCAGACCAAAACACAGAAGACUACCUCUUUCAAGUUAUAUUGGAAAAACAGAUCCGAAUCCCGCGCUCGUUGUCGGUCAAAGCUGCCAGCGUUCUCAAAGGGUUCCUCAACAAGGACCCCAAGGACCGUCUGGGCUGCCACCCUCAGACGGGCUUCGCAGACAUCAACAGCCAUCCGUUCUUCAGAAACGUCGACUGGGAACUUCUGGAGCAGAAGCAGGUGGUCCCGCCGUUCAAACCCAACAUCUCAGGGGAAUUCGGCCUGGACAACUUCGACGCCCAGUUCACCAACGAGCCCAUCCAGCUGACGCCCGACGACGAGGACGUCGUCAGGAAGAUCGACCAGUCCGAGUUCGAGGGCUUCGAGUACAUCAACCCCCUGCUGAUGUCUGCGGAGGAGUGCGUGUGAGAGAGAGAGAGAGAGAGAGAGGCGACGCCCGUCUCCCCGCGGACGCCGCCCGCUCGCAGCCACGCAGGCGUGUUUACGCGGCGUCUCCCUGCUGCAUGGCUACGAGACAAACCCGGCGACGUCGAACUUUCUGUUCAAGAGCCGCACAAAUCGAACGCUUGUUGUUCUUUUUCUUUCUUUUUUUUUGCCAAAACCAGUCACACACUCUGCCAUUUACAGCCACUUGCCCUUAAACCCACGUUAUUUUUUUAUAUCACUAAAUCUGCUCCGAUCAGCGCUCUCAUCCGGGCCCCGUUUCUCUUCUUUUGUGGCCGCAAAGUUCUUCCAGGGUUUGCCGACGGACCGAGCAUCCGAUCCUUUCAGCCGACGGGGCAUUUUGGAAGCAGAUUUUAUUUUAUGUGUGUAUAUAAAUAACUACUAUCGAGGAUGAGCGUUAUAGACGGGGGGCCUUUUUUUAGCUUCACGCCACGCUGAGGCAGCGACGCUGUCUUAGUUCUGUCUACAACAGUAAUCAUAACACUAUUCUUUAAAAAAAAAAAAUACAAAAAAUUAUAAAAAAUCUAUAUAUUUUCUCAUUUUUUUUUUAUUUUAGAUUAUCAUAAAGGUGUUACACAUGCAGCCCGUGCAGUAGAGCCAGACAAGCCAGAGGUUGUGGAAAAUCCAGAGGUUGGGGCCGGUUCUCCCAGAAUGAAGGAAAUGAAACACUAAUAGUGAGUUAACGCUGUGAAUGAAGGCGCCGUGGGAGCAGGAGGAGGAGGAGGAGGAGGAGGAAGAGGAGGAGGAGGAACACAAAGCGCCUGGAUGUUUGUUGUUGCCGGGCUGAUUUUCCUUUAAAACGCAGGACCAAAAAAAAAAA